AUGUCCAUCACAGAACUCUCAUCUGACACUGGUAAAGCUUACAAGAAAUCUUUGCAUCGGAGAAAUGAUUCUGAUGAGCUUGAUGUGUUCGAGGCGUCAAGGUAUUUCUCAGGAUACAAUGAAGCAGGUGCAGGGUAUAAGGGUGCAACUUACACCCAGAAAGUCAUGAGAGAAGAUCAUAAACAUUCUUGGAGGGGAGGGAGAAUGAGCCUAGAUGUACCUAUGAGAAAUCCACUACCUCACCUUCUCCAUCAACAGUCUCAUACAGUGGAGAAGCAAAUACUGAAAGAGAAGAAAUACAAGCAACCAAGCUCUCCAGGUGGUAGACUAGCUAGCUUCUUGAAUUCUCUCUUCAAUCAAACAAGCUCUAAAAAGAAGAAAUCAAAGUCCGCCACAAAAUCAUUGAAAGAUGAUGAUGAGAGCCCUGGUGGAAGGAGGAAAAGGAGGAGCAGCAUUAGUCAUUUUCGAAGCUCGAGCACUACUGAAACAAAGUCUUUGUAUUCUUCUUCAAGUUCUGGUUUUAGGACACCCCCUCCUUAUGCACACACUCCUACAAAGGGCUACAAGGAGUUCAGAAGCUAUUCGGAUCACAAUCAAAUAGUUUCCUUGUCAAAGCAGAAUGGGACUGUGAAGUCCGCUGCCUUCCAAAAUGAGAUAUUGGAUGAUAAAAAGAACACAGAUUUAUCUUGGCUGGAAGAUAAAUAUAAAUUCAAUGAUGGGUUCUCAGAUCAGAAAGUAACCAAGAAUCGUGGUAACCAAUAUGUAGAGAAAGAGAGGACUUGGGUUGACCAGUAUACAUCAGGAGAAAAGGAAUUUAGGAAGUUCAAUGAGUUGGAUGAUGGAGCUGAGAGUGAUUCAAGCUCUGAUUUGUUUGAAUUGCAAAACUAUGACUUGGGUAUCUACUCAAAUGGUCUGCCUGUGUAUGAAACAACACAUAUGGAUAGCAUCAAAAGAGGAGCAGUACCAAUUUCCAAUGGCACCCUAUAA